ACAUGUACACGUACACGAAUGGAAUUGGUUCCGUGAGGAUGCGAGUCGUGCAUGCAUGUUGACUGGUGUUGAUUGGGUUGACGUUGAGGUUCGCGAAUUGAUGUAAUUUAGAGUCUCGUUGAGUACUAUAUUAGCUAUUUGUAUAUACCUGCUUUGUAUAUACCUGUAUAUGAUGUCCUCUAUGGGGUCCUCAAGGGGCAACGUACGGUCGGGAGGUAGGGCAGACAAGUCCUCUUCUCAGAAGACCUCUGCUCAGAAUGUCACAGCAAAAUCCACACCAACAGAUUCACAGCAACCAGUUGGUAAAAAGGCGACCCAAGAACAGAUGAGAAUGGCCCAGAUGAUAUCUGAUCCUCGCACAGAAGAUAAUGAUGUGGUCAAAGAGAAAGUCAAACAGGUGCAUGAACUGACCAACAGAUCUGAAGAUGAAAUCAUGGUGGCACUCCAUGACAGUAAUUAUGACACAGAACAGGCCAUUAUCCUUCUGCUGGAGAGGGAGGAAGGUAACCAGAAGGAUGAAUGGGAAACUAUUAGCAGUAAGAAGAGCAAAGUUCGUGGAAUGGCACCAUCCGUGCGUAACACAGAUUCAUUCAACAAUCAUCAAGACAAAGAUCACAAGAACGAUGAUGAUCGCAGAGACAGGGGAGGGCGGGGCCGUAACCGUGACAACAGAGAAAACAGAGAUGGUCAUGAUGGAAGAGGAGAUAGAGGAGACAGAGAUGGAAGCUACAGUAGGGGGAGAGGGAGAGGAGGAAGGGGUAAUCUUCCACCCAGAAUGACUAGAGGGCGAGGAAGGGACAGAGAUAACGACUAUGAUCGAGAUCGCAAUGAUCGUAACGAGUCAGGUCGUGGGCGUGGCAGACGGAAUGCUGAAAUGAAUGGUCCAUCGCGGCGAUCAAAUCGCGGAGGUGGUGGUGGUGGUGGUGGUGGUGGUCAAAGGUCAUUCACAAAUUCUAAAUUUGGGAAUUUCCAAGAAGAAGAUGCUUUCAAGUCCACAGACAAUGUUUGGAGAAAUCCUCCGACAGAGUCAUGGGAUAAUGCAGUGAAUUCCAACACACAACCAGCUACCAAGACAGGAGAGUGGGGUGCAGAGGAAUGGGGAGCAGAGGAUUGGACUGGGGAUCUGACUGAAAGUCAGGUAUUUACAGCAACCAAUCCGGUCCCACCCAUGCCCCUGGAUCCCAUCUCCGCAAGCCCAUCAUCCCAGAUGCAAGCACCAGUUGGUCAGCCGCCAUCAUCUGGUCUCUCUAAUCAAGGCAUGCCCCAGCAACACUCAAUGGAUGUCCAGUCCUCGUUAACCGGUCCCCCUGGGGGGAUGUCGGCAGGUGGAGGCCUGUCGGCUGGCGGCAGCUUGUCGGCGGGUGGAAGCAUGCCUGCGGCUGGAACUAUGUCGGCUGGUGGGAGCAUGCCGGCCAGUGGAAACAGGCAACCUGUUGGGGGAAGCAUAGGACAAUCGUCUGCUGGUAACAUAGGGCAACCUCCUACUGGCAGCAUAGGUCAGCCAAAUUCUUCAAGCAUGAUGCAAGGAAUGGUUGGACAACCCCAAGGUGGUAUGCCAGGAGGUAUGUCUACCGGUGGUAUGCCUAUUGGUAACAUGUCUGCAGGUGGAAUGUCCAGUGGUGGUAUGUCAGCAGGAAACAUUGGUCAACCCCCUGGUGGUGUGGCUGUAGGGGGUUCUGUGAUUGGUCAAGGAGGAAUGAAUUCUAGUAUGCAGGGUAAUACCACCAUGCCUGAUAUGACCAGAAGCAUUGACCUUGCAGCUCUGUUCGGCAAGUCUGUCCAAGCCCCUUCAACCUCACUAGGAGUAAGUGAUCCAGCAGCUAGCGGGAGAGAUAGUAGCAGUGUCUUCAGUCAGUUCCGGGAUCCCAGCAAGACUCAGAAUAUGAAUUCCAUGGCAGAACAACAGAGCAAACAAGUGCAGAUGGGUAUGGACCAAUCACAAGCAGGACAGCUACCACCCUCAUCAAGGGCUCCAACGCAAUCCAAGCCGACCCGUAAAAAGCUUCCCCCUCCUUCCACCAAGAUCCCUGCUUCAGCCGUAGAGAUGCCCAACUCAGCCCGUGGUCUGGGUGCUCUAGAUGUUCAGUUUGGAGCUAUGGACAUCACCAUGGAUCCAGCAGUGACUGAUUUUGGGCUCUCCUCCAGCUCGAUGCCUUCGUCGAUGUCGUCCACGCUCUCAACGAGUGGUGGACUUUCUAAUAGUGCUUUCAGUGUUAAUAGUCCAGGGACCAGUGCAAACCAUCUAUCGUAUAGUAAGAGUAAUGAAUCGCCGUACCCAGCAUCAACGGGAAUGAGUCCAGUUGGGAUGAGUACAAAUACAUUGGUGAAUGCACCACCUUCUAGUGUCCCUCAACAGUCAUUGGAUCCUUCACAACAGAGAGGACCACCCCAUUAUGGGCAGAAUUCACAACAGAAACAGAUGACACCAGACCCUAUUCCUCUACCAAACCAAAACGAUAUGAAGACCAACGCAUACCUCACAUCACAGAAACCCUCCUCAGUACAAUCAAUUGAUAAUAAAGACAAGACAACAUCCCAGUUAUCACAGCUUGCCAGUCUCUCAUCAUCAUCAGGCUUUGGGCUCUCAACGAGUCAGUCUAUCGGUGUCAACAGACAGGUACCAAAUUCAUAUGGUUCACCGGGAAUAUCGGGAUCAUCAAGUAUGCCAACCACAUCCAGCUCCCAAUACCAAACAUCAGAACUCUCCAGCGGUGGAACCAGUGCAUUCUCAACCCCCAUGGGGUCAUCAGGCCUUUCAGGAGGACUAUCCUCUGGACCUAGUACAAUUGGUUACUCCUCGCCGUCUCAGACAGCAGGCAGUCUGAGCAGCGGAGGGGUCUUAUCGUCGUCUGUGGUCAGCGGUGGCAGUAGCAGCGGAGGAACGGUAGGAGUGUCAGUAGGGAGUAGUCUGUCAAGUUCUGGUCAUUUGUCAAGCGGGAUGAGUGCAAGCAGCAGUGUGUCGCAGGCGACUACCACGUUGUCCAGUACCAAGCUGGCAGGUUUAGAUACCAGACAAGGACAGUCAUUAGGGUCCAGUAAUCUUGUAUCAGCGACGCUCAACAGUGUAUCUUCAACGUCAUCAUCGGUGCUGACAUCGUCAUCGUUAGGGUACACAACGACCACGGCGGGACUAGCGGGAUCAAAAUCAGUUUCACAGGGAUCAGCCAAACUGCCACCCAACUUGCCACCAGGGAUGCCCUUUAUGUACCAUCCAAACCUCAUUGGUGCAGGAUUUCCACUUGUCAAUCCAAUUCCAGCACAUCAACCUUACAUGUAUGAAGAUUUCCAAAUGCAAAUAGGAAGAUUACCUAUGCCAUUCCAGCAGCUGGCUACGACAACAUUGAACACAGGUCGAGAUACAAACUCAUUAGGGAACACACCGUAUUCUGUCACAGAGGCAAGUAAGUUUCCAAGAAAUGAUGCUGCUUCACCGGUUGCUACAUCCCUCUCAACGCAACAACAUCAACCAACAGCAGGUUCAGCGUUAGCUGCAGGACAAGGGGCACAUCAUCAGACACAAACGCAACAGCAGGCGCCUUUCUUAAACACGACACUACCCCCUGGUUAUCCAGGCUACAGCACUCUACCUUACUACGCAGCGGGACCAGCAGGACUUAUGCCACCUGGUCUUCAGUAUCCUGCAGUCUUCCCUGCUGUCAGUAGUGUGCAACCAACGAACCGAGCUCAAACAGGAACGACACCACAUUCUGCCUUCCAGCAGAGCGGUUACACACAACCAGCAUCACAUAAUGCUUACGGUACAGGUUAUGAUGAACUAACCCAAACACCUGACUUCAAUAAGGGAGGGUACAACAGUGUUUCACAGUCUAAAGGCUCAGGGGUUACAGCUUCAGUGAGCUCAGCAUCGACAGGCCCAGCUGACCUAGCCGGUUCAUCGUAUUCCAGUAAGUCGCACACCCAACCGUUUGACAACAAGGGAGGCUUUCAUACAGGAACCCCACCCCCGUUCAACUACCCCCUGACAGCAGUAACACAAGCAGGUGCAUUGAACCCAGCAGCCGGUGCAGCUCAACAGGCCCAUUACCCCCCAUUCGUACCCAUCCUACCGCACCACUCCGCAGCCAUGUUGGCUCAUCAGCUACCGGGUGACACCCAGGGUGCAGGAUCAACUGGACGAUCGCAGGGUGGGGCUUCACAGAGCUCCAAGACCAGUAAACCAUCUUAUGGUACCAACUACUGGCCCAACUAAGAUCCCAACUGACCACUUUCACCACCAACCUGCAUCUGAUUUAUUUUAAAAAGGGAAGAUGACACAGUAACACUGUUCUUUUAUCAUUCAUAAUCACUCAUAUUGAUUUGUAUGGUGUUCCUUAUCAUCAAUCUUCAAUUUUGGGUUUGCUUUCACAAAUUGCUAUUGAUUCAUCUAUUUCGGACAUACCUUCAUAUUUUGUGUAAAAUACAGUGUGUGCAGGUGCAGUGGUGCAUAGCUAUCCUCGUUGAUCUCUUGUUAUGAAAUUCAAACCUUAAUUUAGAAUGUGCUCUACAUUUAAUGCAAUUAAUUUUAGUUCAAAAUCCAUGUUUAUACUAUGUUAUAACUUAAAAAAACUUGUAGUGUGUGUCUUUAUGGAGCUUUGUGUCAUGAAAUAGAUUGGAAAUCUGAUGUAGAGUAUGUAUUAGCUUUCUCUAUUCAUCCUUGUAAUAUCUACAUGUACCAAAGAAUUAGUCACUAACUUUCUGCAAUAUUUCCAUUAACAUAGAACAUGUCACACGUUUUUAUAAGGAAUUGUAUGUUCCAGCUUAUCACAGGUGGAGAAUUGUUGAUCAUUCUUGCUUGUGUUAGUCUGUGAUGGUUACUAAUUUCAUUAUUUUGCAUGAAAUGCAAUGCUAGCUAGCCACACAAAACUGUUAUUAUUGAUGACCUUCAUACACCUUAAUUAUGGUGACAAAACUAUUGAAGAAAAAUGUGCUGCAUUAGAAUAGAGUUAAAACAAAGUAUAAUUUAAAUAUGAAUUGAACCAAAUUUUUGCUGCUUUGUCCAUCAAUAUUCCUGAAAACCCAUAUAAAACCUCAAACUAGAGAGAUCAUUAUAUCCUUUGAGAAUCUAAUUCAGUAUGCAACAAUACAAGAAAGAAAAAAAAAGAUUCUAAGUCAGUUAUUUUUAAUUUCUGUUUUAGUCCAAUUUUCAAUUUAUGCUCUUAAACCAUUGAGAUAGGCAGAUUUGAAAACCAUCAGUAAUUUUUUUUCUUUUGCAUGAUGAAAUGACUUCUUUGUAGCAUGUUCUUGGAAACAGGUAUGACUCUUUCAUUCCUAUUCAAUCUAUUGCUAUGUGAUUAUAACCUCAGUUUGUCAUGUGUGAAUGCAUAAAUCUCUGCCUAACAUACAAUGAUUCAUAUUGAUUCAUUAACACACUAUGUAUGUUAAAACAGAUAGCUCCUUUGCUCUUUGUUUUCCCAUGGUGAUACUUUAGCAGAUGUCAUACUUCCUGUAUACAAUGGAUUUUGCAUUAAGGUAAAUAAUAUAUGAAACAGUUUUUUUUUAAGAUUUAGACCCUAUUCACAUGUACAUAUUAAUGGUUUUUAAAAAGCCAACAAUAAACGGUAUUGUUUAGAUUGAUGCAUUUUCUGAUUUCUCCAAGAUAUCAUGAUUCUGUUUGUUAAUAAACUGAUAUUUGGUAUUUGUUUGAAUUCCAUCAUCCUUUUACAGAAAACGGCCUGCUCUAUUGAUGACUUGUGCUACAUAGAGGUUUUCUUCCAUUAUUCACAUUGUGCUAUUUUGAUAUCAGUUUGUUUAUGGUUCCUAAUUGAGACAUGGGGGUGAUGUUUCACAAAUAUUUUAGUAUGACUAAUAGUCGUGCUUAGGUGCCAGUGCGUAAAUGUACAUGUUAUCAACUGGGAAUUUAAGUGUGAUUUUUAGUUAGACUUAAAUCUUUGGGAAACAGCCCACUGGUGUCUGUCUGAAAGGUCAAUUACUUUAGAAGCAAGCAUGUGUCACAUGGUUGCCAAAUUAUUUAUUAGUUCAAAUCCCAGCACAAGAGAAACAUUUUUUGUUUAAUUUGAAGAUAGAGACCAAAGCCAAUACUGUGAGAAAAAACUGUGUCUUGAUUAAGUAGAUCAUCACAAAAGCUAGAAUUGGUCGCAAUCUAUGAAUCUGGGCUCAAAAUGCAAGAUUAGGGUUUUGAGUUGAUUCUUACACAUAUUUAUUCAUCCAACUUUUUUUUGUAGGGCCAAUAGUAUAGAUGAUUUCUGUGCUGUAAAUUCUUUUUUUUCAUACAAAUAUUUAUAGAUUAAUCCUCAUUUAGAGGCCUUAAGACAAUUUAUCACAUUUUCUGUUUGAUCAAAAUAAAACCAUGAAAUGGGGAAAGUUUAUUGAAGAUUUUUGUAUUACCCACAGGAGGAAUUUCUCACAUUCUGGUCAAGUUCCUGUGCAUUUUCUUCUUGGGAGAUACAAUAGAGUGAUUCAUCGUUGUGAUUGAUAUUCUGUCUCGUCGCUGCUUUAUUUUACCAUUUAUUGCUUCCAUAUUAUUAUUGUGUGGACAUUGUCAUUUGGUGCAAAGCAUUUGUAGUAUGGGUUUGGGUGGGGGGGGGGGGGGUAAAUAAAAAGAAAGCCGCCUUUAAAAACCAAUUUAAAAAGGAGGUUGGCCAAGCAUUGAAUGAGUAUGGGUACAUAUAGUAGGACAUCAAAUAUUCUAUUGAGAUGCAGACUGCAUAUUUAACAUGGUCUGUGUUUGGUGUCUUAGAGCAUUAUUUAUAAACUGAUCUGUGUAAGUAUUGUAUCAGGAGGCUUUAUUUUUACCCAUGUAAGCAUAUUAGGGAUAUUUGUACAUGUUAUCAGAGGCCUGUAGAAACGAGUAUCUUCAUUUUCCCCCCUCUGGUGUAAUUUGUGAAGUGGGUUUGAUUGUGUAUAGCAUCUAGAAUUAUAAAGUCUAUGUUGUGUAUGAGAAAGGGGAUGAUCUCCACAAAGCUUGCCUUUUUGGACAUAGCUGAGUAGAUAUUUCCCUUUUUUAUUAUUACUAUUAUUUUUUAUUAUGAAGAAACAUUUCUACUCUCCGGUUGGCAAGUUGUACAUUGAAACUUUGACAGAGUGUAAUAUUAUACUUGAUUGAUGGUAAAUACCUAGUGGUUAUAGUGUGUAGCAAUGUAAACACAGAAGAUGUUUCUAUUUUGCGUUCAGGUGUUUUUUCUGAUAUGUAAUAAUGCCCUGUAAAUGAGAUUUAAAAAGUCUUGGCUGUAAAGAAAACAAAAAGAAGUUAA